AUGCGCAUGUUUGUUGAUAUGCCAUAUGAUCGGAAACUGAUGUUUGGUCAGUUCCUAGACAUAGUGAUAGAUUUUGGCAGCUCGUGUUACGAUCAUCAGCGCGUGUACACGUACAUACAGUCGAGGUUCUACCGCGCGCCCGAGGUUAUGAUGGGGGCGAAGUACGGCAUGCCAAUUGAUAUGUGGUCGCUCGGGUGUAUAUUGGCGGAACUACUUACAGGUUUCCCAUUAUUACCCGGCGAAGAUGAGGCGGACCAAAUGGCGUGCAUCAUAGAAUUAUUGGGAAUGCCGCCCCAGAGGCUCAUAGAACAGGGAAAGCGGUCGAAAAAUUUUAUAAGUAGUAAAGGAUUACCGCGAUACUGCACGGCUACCACGCUACCUGACGGUACCACAGUGCUAAGUGGUGGAAUGUCAAGGAGAGGCAAGCCGCGCGGUCUUCCCGGCUCUAAAACUUUCGUGACGGCGCUCAAAGGUUGCCAGGACAAAUACUUUAUCGACUUUAUUAGACGAUGCCUAGAAUGGGAGCCAGAGAAGCGCCUAACGCCCGCCCAGGCACUCCGCCACGCGUGGCUGCGCCGCCGGCUGCCGCGCCCCCCGCACGACGAGGACCCUUCCCCCGCGCCCCACCCCCACCCGCACCCCGCACCCGCCAACUCCAGCGGCGGGUCCGGGUGCGGCGCGGGCGGGCGCGGCGGCUCGCUGCGCACUCCACUCGCGCGCACUCCGGUCACAUUCAACGCAUCGCAAGUCGCUAAAGCGAAACUUCAAGCCGCACUUUCUGAGGAGAGCGGUGGUAUGAGCGGGUCAGCGGGGGGUGUCGGGGGAGUGGGGGGUGUUGGGGGCGCGGGGGGCCGGUGUCAUCUCUGGAAGCACCGCGUCGCGCGGGCGUGGUCGGCGCGCGGCUCGAGCUGGAGCGUCGCAGCCUCGACCUCGAGCGCGAGCUGCGCGCCGACCGCGACUCCGACGCCUCGCUCGACGACCGCGACCACCUCGUCUGACGCCCCCGACACCCCCCGCACCCCCGACACCCCCCACAUCCCCCACACCCCCCGGCACAGGGACGCCCCCCACCGCGCCUUGCAAGAUAUCGUGCGUGACUUCAACGCGCGAUGCGCCGUCAUAGCAAACAUCUCUUCGGAUAUCAUCACUACCAACAUACAAGCCUUUCAAGCCAAUGACCAUAGGAAAGUGAAUACGAUUGAGUGCACACACGAGUGUAGCAAUCGUAGGGACAGCCUCGAAAAUGAACCUAGUUGUAGUUGGGCUAAUGUGAGCAGCAAAGAUGGUGGACGACAUCAUACACGUCGAGUACAAUAUGAAAAUAUUCUCAAAUGCUCCGAAAUGCACGAUCUAAGCUGGAACCGAGCUAACUUAUUGGCUUAUCAAAGAAAUAUCGCAAAUAAUCAAGCUAUGGCCAGUUCGACCAGUGUGAAUGCGAUUAGUGUCGUCCACACUCCGCGUACAGAUAGCAGAAAAAGUUAUAUGAGCGAUAUUGGUAAUGUAUCGCAUUGUAAGUUUGAAGGGAAUCUGUACAAACGAAAUGAGCCGCAUGGUUCUAGCUGGAGUCUUUCUAAUAUAAACGUGAGAAACGUUCCCAUCCACAACGAAGCCAACUACCCACACUACGAAAAUAUUAGAAGAAAAUCAGAAGACAACAUCAGAAAAUACAAUCCCUAUUCCGGCCCAAGUACUUCUAAAGUACCUUUCAAUGUGCAUUUAGAUGCUAUCUGUACUCAGCCACGUGAAAGUAAUCAUAUGUCAAUGCGAUAUAAUGAUGUGAAAAAUAAUGGUCAGGCGAAAAAUAGUGUUGUACAUUGGACUAACUCUGUUGAGAAUAGAGUGUGUUGUCCGGAAACGGUUUUAUACGGCGCGGUGUAUGGACUUAAGUGCUUAAAA